AUGGUAAUGUCGAACAAGUUGACAUUUUUUGUACCUUAUCAUACGGGUUAUGCUCAUGUGGAAUUAAUUCUUUCGUUUGCUUCAUUUGCUGAUGUUCAUCUUUUUAUUUAUAAAUGGAAUCCAUCUCAACAACUUGUAAGAAAUUUUUUCUCGAAUUCAAAACAAGUUCAUGUACAUGAAUUCAGUAUUGAUUCAAUUCUUACAGAACUUAUUAAACAACAACAACAGCAAUGCCGAGUAGUAAUUCUUCUUACUGCUUCUAUCAAUUAUUCUCUUGGACAAUUACAAUAUCGUUACUUUUCUAGUAUACAAAAAUAUGUACCCACAAUUAUUGAUGUUUAUUCAACAGGUCAUUGUAUGUAUGGAUGUCAAAGUUGUGCUCAUGAAAAUUCACAUCGAUUACCAAUUACAUUUACGAAUUAUAUGCGAACGAAACAUUUAAAAUCAAUUGAAAUAAAUAAAAAUAAUGAGAUUAUUGUUUGUCCAAGUUUUUCAUCAGUAGAAGCUCCAUUUAGUCUUUUAUCGAAUAAAGAAAUUGUCGAGCAAAUUAUGGCAUUCUCAUUUCCACAUCUCAUCAAAUUACAUCCUCUAAUGUAUCCAUCGACAAAUGAUGAAAAUCCUCUGUUUCCAUUUAGUGAUCUAGAACAAAAACAUGCAUAUCAAUUGUGUAAUUCAAAAAAUAUUCUACCAGACACACAAACAAAUACAUUAAAAUUAAUUGAACAUGCUCGUGUACUCAUUUGUGAUUCAGAUUCAUCAAUUCCAUUCGAAGCAUUAUAUUUCAAUGAUAAAAAACAUAUAUUAGUUUACGAAACAAUUGAACAACAAAGCAAAGAUGAUGAUCGACGAAAAUAUUUUCAUACUUUUUACAAUGUACAACAAUUAGAUACUUUACUUGAACGUUAUUUUGCCGGUGAACUUGAAUGUAAAACAGAAAAGAGUCAUGAAUUCUUCUUGGAAAAAUAUGAAGAACCUGAUGGAAAAGAAAUAGAACGAUUAGCUAAUAUACGUCAAUGGAUGAUCAAUGAAAAUCAUCAUCAAAAUAUUGAUAUAGAAAAAAUCAAACAAGAAUUAAAAGAUCAAUUUUCGUCAUCAACUCAAAUAGGUGCCUACGUAUCAGGUGAAUAUACAACAGCAGAAAUACAAAAAAUUUUUUACGCUGAAAUGUAUGAUACAUUUGGUGCUUUAUUAGAUAACUUAGACGAAUUUUAG